AGAAUGAUAAGCCUAUGAAAGGUCUUCGUCAGGAGGACCUGGUGAACCAGGAUGUGAUCACAGAGCUGCGGAAGGAGUUCAGUAUGACCUUCAACCACUUCUACAUGGUCCUCACUGACACUGACAUGAGAGUCAAGGUGGGGUUACCCAUAGAAUUAGGAAUUAGAAUAGUCAUUGAAUAGGAUUUCUAUGGGGUUAUCUCUCUCUCUCUCGCGCUUUCCUACUAGAUGUGCUUAAUUUAGCUAAUCUGGCGCACCGGAUCGUCGGUCCACACUAUUGGGACCAUUCCAUUUAGACCUGAAGCCUGUACUCGACCCAACCGUCUUGCCAAGUGAACUUAAUGGAGCACACAAACCUAACCUCUCUGUUGGGCCCAUUAGAACAAGACUCAUGUUGGUUGACCUGCCUUCACCAUACUGUGAACAUCCUGCCGUGAUUAAACACUGGUUCAAUUCACACAACAUGACGUUCUCCCAACAGCUGUGUGUGUGUGUGUGUGUGUGUGUGUGUGUGUGUGUGUGUGUGUAAAUCGGCAGGCUGUUUUCAGACAAAUUAAACAAAGACGCCAGUGUGCAACCAACCCUCUACUGCUGUCAGUCCAGACAGGAAAGUCUAUUACAGGGCGUGGGUAUGAGAGAGACGGGGGUAGAUAGAGAGAGUGUGUUUAUGCCUGCAUGUGUGUGUGUGCCUGUGCUUAUGUGAGUGUGUCAUGAGUGGGUGUGUUAUUUUCAUAAACUGUGCCCUAUAAAAUAGAAUAUUUUUAUGCUGGGAUACCUAAAAAAUAUGCUGCAUGGUGGAAUGUAUAACGUUCUGAACGGAGUUGUGUUGAACCCCAUGGCCCACUGUGUUGAACCCCAUGGCCCACUGUGUUGAACCCCAUGGCCCACUGUGUUGAACCCCAUGGCCCACUGUGUUGAACCCCAUGGCCUACUGUGUUGAACCCCAUGCCCCACUGUGUUGAACCCCAUGGCCCACUGUGUUGAACCCCAUGGCCUACUGUGUUGAACCCCAUGGCCCACUGUGUUGAACCCCAUGCCCCACUGUGUUGAACCCCAUGGCCCACUGUGUUGAACCCCAUGGCCCACUGUGUUGAACCCCAUGGCCCACUGUGUUGAACCCCAUGGCCCACUGUGUUGAACCCCAUGGCCCACUGUGUUGAACCCCAUGGCCCACUGUGUUGAACCCCAUGAUCCACUGUGUUGAACCCCAUGGCCCACUGUGUUGAACCCCAUGGCCCACUGUGUUGAACCCCAUGGCCCACUGUGUUGAACCCCAUGGCCCACUGUGUUGAACCCCAUGGCCCACUGUGUUGAACCCCAUGGCCCACUGUGUUGAACCCCAUGGCCCACUGUGUUGAACCCCAUGGCCUACUGUGUUGAACCCCAUGCCCCACUGUGUUGAACCCCAUGGCCCACUGUGUUGAACCCCAUGGCCUACUGUGUUGAACCCCAUGCCCCACUGUGUUGAACCCCAUGCCCCACUGUGUUGAACCCAGUGGCCCAAUGUGUUUAACCCCAUGCCCCACUGUGUCGAACCCCAUGCCCCUCUCUGUUGAACCCCAUGUCCCACUGUGUUGAACCCCAUGCCCUAAUGUGAUUAACCCCAUGCCCACUGUGUUGAACCCCAUAACCCACUGUGUUGAACCCCAUCCCCUAAUGUGUUGAACCCCAUGCCCCACUGUGUCGAACCCCAUGUCCCACUGUGUUCAACCCCAUGUCCCACUGUGUUGAACCCCAUGUCCCACUGUGUUGAACCCCAUGCCUACUGUGUUGAACCACAUUGGCACUGUGUUAAACCCCAGGCCCACUGUGUUGAACCCCAUGCCCACUGUGUUAAACCCCAUGCCCACUGUGUUAAACCCCAUGCCCACUGUGUUAAACCCCAUGCCCACUGUGUUAAACCCCAUGCCCACUGUGUUAAACCCCAUGCCCACUGUGUUUUGAACCCCAUGGCAACUGUGUUAAACCCCAUGCCCACUGUGUUAAACCCUAUGCCCACUGUGUUAAACCCCAUGACCACUGUGUUAAACCCCAUGCCCACUGUGUUAAACCCCAUGCCCACUGUGUUUUGAACCCCAUGGCAACUGUGUUAAACCCCAUGCCCACUGUGUUAAACCCUAUGCCCACUGUGUUUUGAACCACAUGGCCCACUGUGUUGAACCCCAAUGCCCACUGUGUUGAACCCCAUGCCCCACUGCUCUGGUUGUGUUUCUCAGAAACAUGCAGAGAAUGCCUGUGAAGUCACAGCAAACUGGAACACAUGGCUCAGUGUCUUGUUUCAUUUGGAUAUAGAUUUGUCAGGAAUACAGGUUACAGGGUUUUCUAGGUUUUUCUAGGAAUACUGGAAUCAUGAUAACAUAGGAAUAGCAUUUCUUACAUUUCUCUCCUGACCACUAGAAUAAUCGAAUAGGGAUUUUACACUCAAAUCCUCCAAUGGUUGGUUACUGUUUUGGUCCACUGACUUGAUGUGUGUUUGUCCCUCCAACAGCAAUCCUACGAGGUCCCCAUCGCCAUGAAGGCUGUGUUUGAUUACGUCGACACCUUCUCCUCUCGCAUCAGAGAGAUGGAACAGCAGAAGAGUGACGGAGUGGCCUGCAAGAAGGAGGACAAACCAAGAUCACUGGAGAACUUCCUCUCCAGGUAGUGUGCGUGCCUGUGUAUGUGAGUGUGCGUGCGUGCGCACGUGCAUGUGUGUCUCCCGCCUAUGGCUGUGUCUGGGAGCGGCUGGAAUCUGAAACAGGCUCAAUAUGUAACAUUAAUUUUGCUCCAUAGCCGGUGUGAAUAUUGCCUCCUUCUGCCAGGAAGGGAUCUGGCUGAGGAGUGGUCAGAAUUGACAGGCGGCCAUGUCAACAUGAAUAUUAACACUAACCACCAAUACGUUAAAAAAAUUAUGUACGUAUGACUGUAAGUCGCUUUGGAUAAAAGUAUCUGCUAAAUGGCAUAUACUAUAUAUAUAUAUAUAUAUACAGUGCCUUCGGAAAGUAUUCAGACCCCUUGACUUUUACCACAUUUUGUAACAUUACUGCCUUAUUCUAAAAUUGAUUAAAUUGUAUUUUUUCCUCAUCAAUCUACACACAAUACCCCACAUUGACAAAGCAAAAAUAGGUUAAUAGACAUUUUUGCUAAUUUAUAAACAAAUAAAAAACUGAAAUAUCACAUUUGCAUAAGUAUUCAGACCCUUUACACAGUACUUUGUUGGGUAUGACGCUACAAGCUUGGCACACCUGUAUUUGGGGAGUUUCUCCCAAUCUUCUCUACAGAUCCUCUCAAGCUCUGUCAGGUUAGAUGGGGAGCAUCACUGCACAGCUAUUUUCAGGUCUCUCCAGAGAUGUUCGAUCGGGUUCAAGUCCGGGCUCUGGCUGGGCCACUCAAGAACAUUCAGAGACUUGUCCCGAAGCCACUCAAGCGUUGUCUUGGCUGUGUGCUUAGGGUCAUUGUCCUGUUGGAAGGUGAACCUUCCCCCAGUCUGAGGUCCUGAGCGCUCUGGAGCAGGUUUCCAUCCAGGAUCUCUCUGUACUUUGCUCUGUUCAUCUUUGCCUCGAUCCUGACUAAUCUCCCAGUCCCUGCCGCUGAAAAACAUCCCCAUAGCAUGAUGCUGCCACCACCAUGCUUCACCGUAGGGAUGGUGCCAGGUUUCCUCCAGACGUGACGUAACCAGAGUUCAAUCUUGCUUACAUCAGAUUAGAGAAUCUUGUUUUUCAUGGUCUGAGAGUCUUUAGGUGCCUUUUGACAAACUGCAAGCGGGCUGUCAUGUGCCUUUUACUGAGGAGUGGCUUCCGUCUGGCCACUCUACCAUAAAGGCCUGAUUGGUGGAGUGCUGCAGAGAUUGUUGUCCUUCUGGAAGGUUCUCCCAUCUCCACAGAGGAGCUCUGUCAGAGUGACCAUCGUGUUCUUGGUCACCUCCCUGACCAAGGCCCUUCUCCUCCAAUUGCUAAUUUUGGCCUGGCGACCAUCUCUAAGAAGAGUCUUGGUGGUUCCAAACUUCUUCCAUUUAAGAAUGAUGGGGGCCACUGUGUUCUUGGGGACCUUCAAUGCUGCAAACAUUUUUUAGUACCCUUCCCCAGAUCUGUGCCUCGACACAAUCCUAUCUCGGAGCUCUCCGGACAAUUCCUUCGACCUUUUUGCUCUGAAAUGCACUGUCAACUGUUGGACCUUAUAUAGACAGGUGGAUUUACCACAGGUGAACUCCAAUCAAGUUGUAGAAACAUCUAAAUGAUGAUCAAUGGAAAAAGGAUGCACCUGAGCUCAAUUUCGAUUCUCAUAGCAAAAGAUCUGAAUACUUAUGUAAAUAAGGUAUUUCAGUUUUUUUUUUUUUAUACAUUUUCAAAAAUUUCUAAAAAAUCUUUUUCACUUCAUCAUGAUAGCGUAUUGUGUGUAGAUUGCUGAGGGAAAAAAAAGUAUAUUUAAUCCAUUUUAGAAUAAGACUGUAACGUAACAAAAUAUGGAAAAAGAUAAGGGGUCUGAAUACUUUCCGAAUGCACUGUAUAUAUACAUGUUUAUUAUAUUUCCAGUACUGUAGGAUACGCUAACACCUUGGUCUUGUAUCGAUUGACUAUGGUCCCGUAUAUACAGUCGUGGUCAAAAGUUUUGAGAAUGACAGAAGUAUUGGUCUUCAGAAAGUUUGCUGCUUCAGUGUUAUGAGAUAUUUUUGUCAGAUGUUACUAUGGUAUACUGAAGUAUAAUUACAAGCAUUCCAUAAGUGUCAAAGGCUUUUAUUGACAAUUACAUUACGUUUAUGCAAAGAGUCAAUAUUUGCAGUGUUGACCCUUCUUUUUCAAGACCUCUGCAAUCUGCCCUGGCAUGCUGUCAAUUAACUUCUGGGCCACAUCCUGACUGACGGCAGCCCAUUCUUGCAUAAUCAAUGCUUGGAAUUUGUCAGAAUUUGUGGGUUUUUUUUGUCCACACGCUUCUUGAGGGUCGACCACAAGUUCUCAAUGGGAUUAAGGUCUGGGGAGUUUCCUGGCCAUGGACCCAAAAUGUUGAUGUUUUAUUCCCCGAGCCACUUAGUUAUCACUUUUGCCUUAUGGCAAGGUGCUCCAUCAUGGUGGAAAAGGCAUUGAUCGUCACCAAACUGUUCUUGGAUGGUUGGGAGAAGUUGCUCUCAGAGGAUGUGUUGAUACCAUUCUUUAUUCUUAGGCAAAAAUAUGAGUGAGCCCACUCCCUUGGCUGAGAAGCAACCCCACACAUGAAUGGUCUCAGGAUGCUUUACUCUUGGCAUGACACAGGACUGAUGGUAGCGCUCACCUUGUCUUCUCCGGACAAGGUGUUUUCCGGAUGCCCCAAACAAUCAGAAAGGGGAUUCAUCAGAGAAAAUGACUUUACCCCAGUCCUCAGCAGUCCAAUCCCUGUACCUUUUGCAGAAUAUCAGUCUGUCCCUGAUGUUUUUCUUGGAGAGAAGUGGCUUCUUUGCUGCCCUUCUUGACACCAGGCCAUCCUCCAAAAGUAUUCGCCUCACUGUGAGUGCAGAUGCACUCACACCUGCCUGCUGCCAUUCCUGAGCAAGCUCUGCACUGGUGGUGCCCCGAUCCCGCAGCUGAAUCAACUUUAGGAGAUGGUCCUGGCGCUUGCUGGACUUUCUUAGGCGCCCUGACGCCUUCUUCACAACAGUUGAACCUCUCUCCUUGAAGUUCUUGAUGAUCCGAUAAAUGGUUGAUUUAGGUGCAAUCUUACUAGCAGCAAUAUCCUUGCCUGUGAAGCCCUUUUUGUGCAAAGCAAUGAUGACGGCACGUGUUUCCUUGCAGGUAACCAUGGUUAACAGAGGAAGAACAAUGAUUUCAAGCACCACCCUCCUUUUAAAGUUUCCAGUCUGUUAUUCUAACUCAAUCAGCAUGACAGAAUGAUCUUCAGCCUUGUCCUCGUCAACACUCUCACCUGUGUUAACGAGAGAAUCACUGACAUGAUGGCAGCUGGUCCUUUUGUGGCAGGGCUGAAAAGCAGUGGAAAUGUUUUUUUGGGGGAUUAAGUUAAUUUUCAUGGCAAAUCAUCGGAUCACUCUUCAUGACAUUCUGGAGUAUAUGCAAAUUGCCAUCAUCAAAACUGAGGCAGCAGACUUUGUGAAAAUUAGUAUUUGUGUCAUUCUCAAAACUUUUGACCACGACUGUACACUUCAUUACUAAAAGUUUGUGGACACCUGCUUGUCGAACAUCUCAUUCCAAAAUCUUAGGCAUUAAUAUGUAGUUGGUCCCCCCUUUGCUGCUAUAACAGCCUCCACUCUUCUGGGAAGGCUUUCCACUAGAUGUUGGAACAUUGCUGCGGGGGACUUGUUUCCAUUCAGCCACAAGAGCAUUACUGAGGUUGGGCACUGAUGUUGGGCGAUUAGGCCUGGUUCGCAGUCGGCGUUCCAAUUCGUCCCAAAGAUGUUCGAUGGGGUUGAGGUCAGGGCUCUGUGCUGGCCAGUCAAGUUCUUCCACACUGAUCUCGACAAACCAUUUCUGUAUGGACCUCACUUUGUGCAGGGGGGCAUUGUCAUGCUGAAACCGGAAAGGGCAUACCCGAAACUGUUGCCACAAAGUUGGAAGCACAAAAUCGUCUAGAAUGUUACUGUAUUCUGUAGCGUUAAGAUUUCCCUUCACUGGAACUAAGGGGUCUAGCCCGAACCAUGAAAAACAGCCCCAAACCAUUAUUCCUCAUACACCAAACUUUACAGUUGGCAGUAUGCAUUGGGGCAGGUAGCAUUCUCCUGGCAUCCGCCAAACCCAGAUUUGUCUGUCGGACUGUCAGAUGGUGAAGCGUGAUUCAUCACUCCAGAGAACGUGUUUCCACUGCUCCGGAGUCCAAUGGCGGUGAGCUUUACACCACUCCAGCCGACACUUGGCAUUGCACAUGGUGAUCUUAGGCUUGUGUGCGGCUGCUCGGCCAUGAAAACCUAUUUCAUGAAGCUCCCAACGAUCAGUUCUCUGGCUGACGUUGCUUCCAGAGGCAGUUUGGAACUCGGUAGUGAGUGUUGCAACCGAGGACAGCGCUAUGCGUUUCAGCACUCGGCGGUCCCGUUCUGUGAGCUUGUGUGGUCUACCACUUUGCGGCUGAGCCGUUGUUGCUCCUAGACGUUUCCACUGUACAACAGCAGCACUUACAGUUGACCCGGGGGGCAGCUCUAGCAGGGCAGGAAUUUGAUGAACUGACUUGUUGGAAAGGUGGCAUCCUAUGACGGUGCCACGUUGAAAGUCACUGAGCUCUUCAGUAAGGUCAUUCUACUGCCAAUGUUUGUCUAUGGAGAUUGCAUGGCUGUGUGCUCAAUUUUAUACACCUGUCAGCAACGGGUGUGGCUGAAAAGCCGGAUCCACAAAUUUGAAAGUGGUGUCCACAUACUUUUGUAUAUAGUGUAUUUAACUUAAAUGUUUUAACCAGAUUGACUGUGGUUUGUUGCCAUGGAGACUCAAUUCCAGUCUAAUGACCGUGACCCACAGUGUUUAGACAGGAAGUGACUUCCUACUGGGACUUUGCUUCCACAUCAUUAAAAUAUAUAUAUAUAUAUCAAUGUGAUGACUUUGAAUCAACGUGGAAAACUGAUUGGAUUUGUAGAGUCAUCAACGGAAGGACAUUUUGUAUUUUUUUCACAUAACUUUUUACCUAAAUUCAGUGACAUGGUGAAAUGUUUUGUUGAUUUCACGUUGAAUUCAAGUUAGUUGACAACUCAACCAAAUGUAAAUCAAAACUAGACGUUGAACUGACAUCAGUACCCAGUGGGUUCGUUGUUGGUUCUAAUGACAGUGACCCACAGGGUUUAGACAGGAAGUGACUUUGUUCAAGUCUUGAGCAAGAUCCUUGUAGGAUCUUUAAAUAUAAGAGAUUGAUCACAUGACCGUAUAGUAUUAUCAUGCUGCAUCUCAUCCUUGUUCCGUCUUUGGGUUCUCAGGUUCCGUUGGAGGCGUCGCCUGUUUGUAAUCUCCGCCCCCAAUGAUGAGGAAUGGGCCUAUCAGCAGCAGCUUUACGCCCUGACCAGCCAAGCCUGCAACCUGGGUGAGAGAUCAACAGGAAGUCAAGUUGUUUCUGAACCAGGCCAUGUACUGCUCGCACACACACAAGCACACAAACUGGGCAGUUGUCAGAGCAGAGCUAUCCACUUAGCAGCUAGCAGUAUCAUCUGGGCUUCCUGUGGAUCAUCCUAACGUCGCACCAGGGCCUCCAGAAAACUUGUAGAUUGCCACACGAUUUUUGAUAUGGUUUAAUAAAAUAUAUUCACUCAAAUAUAUUGACACUGGAACACACACACACACACACACACACACACACACACACACACACACACACACACACACACACACACACACACACACACACACACACACACACAAACACACACACACCUCUCAGGAAAGGGUAAUGGAAGUGUAACUCCCUACUCCUCUACCAGUCCUGUACACUCAGAUCAAAGACUGUGUUCCCCUCCUCUGUUUCUCUUGGCUUGGCUUGGCUUGGCUUGGCUUGGCUUGGCUUGGCUUGGUGUGUGUGUGUGUGUGUGUGUGUGUGUGUGUGUGUGUGUGUGUGUGUGUGUGUGUGUGUGUGUGUGUGUGUGUGUGUGUGUGUAUGUGUGUGUGUGUGCGUGCGUGCGUGCGUGUGUUCAAACCUGAUAAACAAGGCCUUCUCCUAGCUGCUGACUCUGCUUUGGGUUCUUACCUUGGUAUUCGGCUCUUGGCUUUCACCUUAGAGAUCAGUGUUUUCAUGUGGUUACUGUGGCUUUUCUGUCUUCAGAAGAACCAGCUGUCUGGCCCAGCAGGACACAAGUCCUUCACAUUCCCUCUCUAUUAUCACGACUAACUCACAGAUGGUUCUAAUCAGGAACGACCACAUCCACAUAUUGAAUAAAUACGUUUAGAGAUGAAUAUGAAACAGGUGGUUGAAUUAGAUCAGGUUUGGGGGAGUCUCCGACUCUGAUCCUGGAGAUCAAGGUCUUCUGUCUGGGCCCAUACUUAGCUGAAUCAGGUGUGUGUUACUGCAGGGGGCUGGAUCAAAACCCUGCACGCUCAGUAGCGCAACAGGUUUCUCUCUUACUAAAGAGCACCUACAAUCUACAAAGAUCUCCUAUCCAGUCAACGCUUCCCUUCCUUAUUUUUUGACAGGUUGAAGAACCCUGAAUAGAUGUUCAGUAGGAGACGUUUGACUUUACGUUGUAAGUUGCUGUUGUUGGGUAUUUUGUUGUUCUAAUGGGCUACUAUGUCCUCUUUGUUGUGUGUUCGUCUGUGUGGUGGUGGUUUCCAUGGUGACCCAGGCCUGAGACACAUCUCCAUCCUGAAGCUGGUUGGCAUGGAGGCAGUGGACCAGGGAGGAGUCCUAGAGCUAUAUCCAAUUAAUGGUGAGAACCCUGUUGUCUACACACCACCUAUGUGUAUCAUACUUGAAACAAAACAAGAAACACAUGGAGGGUAAAUGGGCUGUGUUAUGUUUUGUUUAAUCUUCAGUUCACACAGCCGUGCUGUUGAAUGUCUGAUGUUGUUUUAUAGUCACAGCAGGCAGGUAGUCCAACUUUAGCCCUAACUCCCGCUGUCUCCCCCAGUCCACGUCCCUAUAGCCCAGCCUCAGCCCUAACUCCUGCUGUCCCCCCCAGUCCACGUCCCUAUAGCCCAGCCCCAGCCCUAACUCCCGCUGUCUCCCCCAGUCCAAGUCUCUAUAGCCCAGCCUUGUUAAUGUAUUCUCUCCUUGCUACCGGAGACACUGUUUGAUCUUUCCUCUGUGGUAGGGGACCCAACCUCAAAAACAUGUUGAUGCUGCUGCCUACACCACACCAUCAACACAAACACACACAGCCCUCCAUCCAUACACCCCUCACAGCCCUCCAUCCAUACACCCCUCACAGUCCUCCAUCCAUACACCCCUCACAGCCCUCCAUCCAUACACCCCUCACAGCUGUGUAAGCACACAAACAUUUGCUGUGGUGGGGGUGUUAGGGAGGAAAUAUGUCAACGCUCCCUUUCAUUUCUCUGGCCUGCCGAAUAGCAUUCAUAUGUGCUCUUUGGGGGAGCUUUGGUGGUAGUUUUGCAGGGGAAGAGAGCUGGGGCUGGGGCAGAGAGGUGGGGCUGGGGCAGAGAGCUGGGGUCGAGGGUAAUUGUCAUGGUGAUAAAUUGAGCGUAACCUUCAAAGACAACUAAAUGAAUCCACACACACUUUCACACUAAAUGGCUAAUGUGAAAUUCAAUUCUUCCCCAGCCUAAUUCUCUCUUUCUCUUGAGACAGGCAGCUUUGCCGAGGAGCGAGAAUGCCACUCCACCUCUUUAGUCAAAGACAUCAACCGUACCAAAGGAUAUUGACUGACUCCUUCUAUCCAUCUCUCUCUCCCCCUUCCAGGCAGUGCCACGGUGGAGCGUGAGGGCCUCUCGGCCACCCUGGUCAAAGACAUCCGUAACUACUUCCAGAUCAGCCCAGAGUACUUCUCCAUGCUGCUGGUGGGCAAGGACGGCAACGUCAAGUCGUGGUACCCGAGCCCCAUGUGGUCCAUGGCCAUUAUUUACGACCUGGUGGACUCUAUGCAGCUCCGCAGGCAGGAGAUGGCCAUCCAGCAGUCACUGGGCAUGCGCUGCCCCGAAGACGAGUAUGGAGGAUACGGGUACCAUCACCAUGGCUACGACGGUUACCAGGACGGCUAUCACCAAGGACACGGUUAC